ACACACACACAUUGACUUUUCUAAUUCACACGCACACACACGCGCUGCAUAGCUAAGCAGCUCGGCGAAUCUCCGCUGUAACGGGACAAGUUACUUGAACCCACCGGGAUAACCACCGAGCUCUCGCCGCUGCUCUCGCCGUAUUGGAGCGCCUGUCCCCGGUCAGAGAACUGCAUCGGAAAUCAUCACAGCGACGACAAUGAUGCUGACGAAGAGAAUGACAGGAGGAGGCCACCGCCGAAGGUGCAGCCCUCGCUAGACUUCCGCCAUCUGCUCUGCUCUGCUCUGCCCACCACCACCACCGUCCCCAACCCACUCCGACGCUUCACCAUCAUGGCCAGCCACCUGGAGUUGAUCCAGGAGCUGCAGCAGCUGGACAAAGUCCCCAGUCUGGAGAGGCUGCGGGCGGCCCAGAAGCGGCGCACGCAGCAGCUCAAACGGUGGGCCGUGUACGAGAAGGAGAUGCAGAACAAAAAGCGCAAGGCAGACAGGAAGGGACGCAACGCCAACGGCUAUCAGCACGCCGAGGCCAAGAGGCGAGUGUCGUUCGCAGCCAGCGUGGCGCUCUUGGAAGCGUCGGCCAGGAACGACCCGGAUGAAGUGCGCUACCUGCUAAAGAACAAUGUGAGCCCAGACCUCUGCAACGAAGACGGCCUCACCGCACUUCAUCAGUGCUGCAUAGACAACUACGAGGAGAUGGUAAAGAUCCUGCUGGACCGUGGAGCCGGCGUCAACGCUCAGGAUAAUGAGCUGUGGACGCCGCUUCAUGCUGCCGCGACCUGUGGACAUGCGGGCCUCGUCAAGAUACUCAUUGCACAUGGUGCCGAUCUGCUGGCGGUCAACUCUGACGGGAACAUGCCGUACGACCUUUGUGAAGACGACCCAACACUGGACAUCAUUGAGACGGCCAUGGCCAACAGAGGCAUCACCCAGGAGAUGAUCAACGAGACCCGGGCGUCCACAGAGAGGAGGAUGCUGGGAGAUAUUCAGGAACUGGUGAGGCUUGGCGACGAAGUCAAUCAUCAGGACUCACAGGGAGCCACACUGCUGCAUAUCGCGGCGGCUAACGGCUACAUGCAGGCCUCCGAACUGCUGCUGGAGGGCGGCGCUCGCAUGGACUUGAGAGACUCGGACGGAUGGCAGCCGCUCCACGCAGCCGCAUGCUGGGGUCAGAUGCAUGUGGCUGAGCUGCUGGUGUCUCACGGAGCUAGUCUCAAUGCCAAAACCUUUCUCGAUGAGACCCCCAUCGACUUGUGUGAGGAUGAGGAGUUCAGAGCCAUUCUGCUGGACCUGAAGCACAAGCAUGACAUCAUUAUGAAGUCGCAGCUCAAACACAAGACCUCGCUGUGCAGACGGACAUCCAGCGCUGGAAGUCGUGGGAAGGUGGUGAGGCGAGCCAGUUUGUCCGACAGACACAACCUUUGCCGCAAGGAGUAUGAGACGGAGGCCAUCGUGUGGAGGGGAGGCAGGGAGGAGGAAAAUGAGGAUAAAGAGAAAGAUCCCGACCAGGAGAUCAUCCAGGUGCUGCAUGUAAAGCCCGUGGAAGCAACCGAUCCAUCCGACCAGACCAAGCUGCCUACCAUCCUCAAAGAUGGCAGCAGUAAGCACAAUGGCCUCAUCUCUACAACCACAAGCACACACCCCCAGCCACCUUCCAACGGCAUGGCGGCGGUGGACAACAGCACGCUCGCUACCAACCCGUGCGGCCAGGAUGAAACUUUACCUCGCGAGAGAGCUCAGACUCUGUCGGAGCUGAAGAAGCAGCGGGCGGCGGCCAAGCUGUUGAACCACCCCCUGUUCAACGGUCACCUGGGUAACGGUUCCAUGGACUCUUUCAACGAUGCCAAAUCCAUGUCGGAUGACCCCCGCAUGCCAUUGGUGUCGUCCAACGGCAGCGCGGUGUUCUAUACGCCGGCCAGCGGCGAUCCGCCACUCCUCAGACUAAGGCAGCCCGUCGACGAAGAGCAGCCCAAGUCGCAGACCUGCUGCUGCGUGUCAUAGCGCCACCAUGAUGCGAGGUCGAGUAACUGCAAGUGUUUGCACAGAGGAGCCGGCGGAAAGUAAAGAAAUUGUCCCUCAAACAUGAGGACUUUCCCCAUGAAGGGAGGCUGCAGGUGUAGCAGGCUAACAAACUGAGCCUUUUGACACAUGGAAGAAACACAAAAUUGGACAGCUGAAGAUAAUUCGAGGUAGAAGUGGCGCCUCCAAAGUCCAUCUGUACCGUGACACUGGUUGACGUCCAAGAUGUUCACAUUUCAAACCAUUUUUUUUUUCUUAAGCAGACCUCCUGUGUCUUUUUUGGGCGUUGCUUCUCCUGAUGUUUUUGUGGGUCUGCUCAUGACAGAUGCGGUGAAUUUUGUUGCCUCGUGAAAACUGGCUUCAAGGGUCUGAAUCUUUUAUUUGUAAUUCAUGAUGAUUGGGAGUUACUGGGCAAAAAUACACCACCAUGCUACGCCCAGAUGCAAUGAUGGAAAAUUGCCAUUUCGUGUUAGGCACGUGUCAAGAAGAGUUCAAAUUUGGCAGCAAUCUGAAGAAAAUUUCUCAGACAAAUUUGUGUUUGAAGGACCCCGAGAAAAAGACUAAACAAAAAUAAGCAGAACCUUCAAAGUCACACAAAGUCAAUCUGUUCCGGCACAGUGGUUGACUUCCUUCUAUUGUAUCUUAGAAUCUAUUUUGGCUUGUCAGAGAGACUUAUGUCACAUGACUGUUUCACGAAUCCGACGUAGCGAGUCACAUUUGACUCCAUUUCACCAAUCAAAUGGAGCCCGUUACCGGUAGUUUCAUGACCGUACGCAGAAGCAACGUUUUCAAAUUGACUCGUUCAUGUGAAACAUGACAGAAAUCUCCAGCUCACCCAGGGCAUAGGUGAUGUCUUACAUAAAAUGAAUGGAUGGACUCCGAAAACGAACAGCUGUAUAAUGUGCUGUCAUCGGCAUCCGCCUGACGUUGGCAUUUCAAACUACAAGAGCUCCCCUAUGGAACUUGACAAAUACAAAAGAGGUUCUCUUGGUCUAUGUUUGCAAAAUUCUCUGUGUCUGUGGAAUAAAACCAGCAGGUCAACCAACGGGACAUGAACGCAAAAUGCAGUUUUUCCCACCCAAUCUGACCUGCCAUCCUGUGAAGCCACACCCUUUCCUGUCAGCAACGUUAUCAGCCGCCACCUCCCAAAAAGCCAAAAAAUAAAACACACUGGUUGGAGUUGGUCCUUGAGAUGCUCACUAAAACAAAGCCUCGGAUUAGAAAACUUGUACAUUGGCGCAUUCAUUACCCAAUGCACCACUGUACAUUUUGCCAAGAAAAUUCACUUUGAAUUCCAAACUGUACCACUAUUUAUUUGGGGUUGUGUUUGACUUUGGAGGUUGCACUGUACAUGAGUGAACUUUUAGAUAGGUCACCCAAGUUUUUUUCUUUUUUUUUUAACAUGAAGGAAAAGUCAUGGUGUCCGACAUUUUUCAUGGAUUUCAACAUAUCAGAAGAAGCAAAAAUAGUGCUUUGAACGGCGUAAAGGGAAGGAAUGCCAUAAGUGUUAUUUUGUACUUGGACAAGCCACCGUCCGUUUAUAUAUCGUAUAUCUGCCCCCAAAUUAUAUUUGUAAUGAUCUGCUUUGAGGUAACGUGAGAGUGAAAACUGUUAACUGUACAUUUCUUUAUUUAUGACAUGAUUUAUGUGUUCCUACAUUGAAGUGUAUUUAUUGUUGUGGAUGGUGUGUGGAGAGCGAGUUACGAUAAAGAGAAGAGUCAGCAAAGCACCUUUUUUCUUCAUACGAAAGCGACAGCUUUAAUCAUCGAAUGAUCCCUACAAAUACAUAACUGCCACAUCAGAGUCAGAAUCUCAUUUCUCGCACAUGGAUAUCGCAUGCGUCCUAUCAGUAUAAACAGAGUGAAAUAGGAAAUGUGUCACCUAAACAUUGAAAUAAAAGACAGUCAACAAGAUCAGAUACUGUACAGAACCGGGCACUUGGCUCUGCAGUGUAAAUCCCGCCUAGAUGACUUAUGAAAUACUUGUCGGACAGCCGCGAUUGCUUUCGACACACACAGGAUGGCAGAAGGGAGUGUCGGGUGUUUGACUUCACACCCUUGCCCUGGCAUUGUGGAAUUUGGGCGACCCAACGUCCUUCCUACUCAACCGACUUUGUUUCAAUUAGCGAUGGCCAUGUGAGUAAAUUUGCUUGAUUUACAGGUUAACAAAUGACCACAUUAUCGUUACCGUAUAGUGUUUGUCACGUAUCAAAAACAGUACCCUACAUGUUUGCCUCAUCUCCACACCAGUGCCAAAGAGUCUUCCUUUCAAAAAUACAUCUACUUUAGGUGUAAUCUGUUCCUUUAAAUCCACAUUUCCCCCGCGCUCGCUUGUACAGUGUCAAUGAGUUGUACAGAUUAAUUUGUAAAUACUAAUUUCGUCUAUUCCCACGAACUGCAUUUGUCUGUGUGGUUAUCGGUGUCUUAAUGGAAAGUAACGUAAGAAAAUACUUAACAAUCCACUUGGGUAAUCCUGCUUUAUGUGCAUCAUCUGCCUGCCAAGUAUACUCAGGUGUCAGUGUUUAAAUGUAUUCCACCACUGUGUACAUUUUUUUUUGGUCCUGAAAUGCCUGUUUUUAUUUUAUUACAUGUCAACUAAGCGUCAAGCUGCUGCGGUGGAGUAAGUUGUCCAAUUCCUUCAAAAAAUAUACAGUAGUUUCAUGCGUGAUGAUCGACGAAGUGUCCAAAAAUGGACAAAAGGAUACAAAUGAAAAACUACUGAUGAUGUUGUAAAAACUAGACCAUACUGAGGGUUGCAUUCACAUAUUUUGAAUAAAUUGUAUAUUUUGAGAAUUGC